UGUUGCCGUGCGCUGACUUGACCAAAGCCUUGUAUAGUCCCAUUGAGUGUUGUUGUAAACGUGUUGUAUGAAUAUCUCCAUGAAGAACAUGGAGGACAGUGCACGUGCCUUCUUCAUGUCAUGUUUGCAGGUAAGCUGUGGGACAUAGUCCUACGUCUAUCCGGGCGGGGGCCUCCUCCCAGCUGGGCACGCCUGGACCACCUCACCAAUGGGGCAUUAGAACAAGAUUCCCGGGCCAUCUCAACUGGACUGUUCUCUGAGUCCCUCCCGGACCAAUCUCUUGGGUCUAUUUCUAAGGGUGAGUCCAGUCACCCUUAGACCAGAAGAAACUACUACUACUUAAACAGGAAGUGACCGGUGACCCCUUUCAUUAGUAUUUGUGGUAUCCUGUUUCAGGUUUUGCGAUACGCCAGUAUGACUUGUCUUUAAGGAAACCGGUGGCGCUGGUCCCAGACGGGAUGCCGCAGACCGCCAGUCAGUAUGACUGCAUUCGAGUUGUGGCUGUCACGCUCAAUCCCCGCAUGCCUGCUUCUUCAGAACCUGGUCCUCAUAAUGGUCCUGAUCUUGCCUUCGUCCGGGAUGUGUCCACGUGGCUGCAACUGCCAGCGCGACCUUCACCUUCACGGGCUCAAUGUCAGCUGCAGUCAAUCCCGACUCAAAGAAAUCCCCCCGAGUCUCCCAGUCGAUACGGUUUUAUUAAGACUGGACCACAACCAGAUCGGCAGUGUACCCGAUCAGGCUUUCCACGGACUCUGGCUUUUACGAGAACUCAACCUUUCUUACAAUACCGUGGAGACGUUAGGGGAUGGUGCAUUCACUGGCAUCGAGGCAACGCUCCAAGUGCUGGAUCUGUCGCACAACCGCAUCACCAGCGUACAUAAGGAUGCCUUUUCCCGCCUCAAAGCCCGCGUGAUUAUGGAUGAUAAUCCCUGGCACUGCGACUGUUCUUUACAGCAGGCGCUGGGUGGGAUGGCACACAACCAUGAGACCACCACUCGGGUUCUGUGCAGGAGCUCCGAGCUUCGAGACCAGGAGGGACGACCCUUCCUGGCGGUGGCUACCGAUCUCUGUAACAUCACCAAAAGGACAACAGACUACGCUAUGCUAGUGACCAUGUUCUGUUGGUUCGCCAUGGUCAUUGCGUAUGUGGUUUAUUAUGUUCGUCAGAACCAGGAAGAUGCCAGACGGCAUCUGGAGUACCUCAAAUCUCUGCCCAGCAAGCCCAAGAAACCGGAUGAAGCUGACGAUAUCAGUACUGUUGUCUGAGACCGACGUCAAAAAUUUCCGAAAAGCUCAACUUCCAUCUCCAUAAAGUCGAAAAACUUUGCAUUUUGACCAUAUUUUGUCUUACAAGGUUUUGCUCAUGAGGGUCUACUCGGGUCCACAAUGACCCGUUCAGUUUUUUAAUCCACCCCCACCAACGUUUCCAAGCGAUUUAAUUCAAACCGUAACAUAUAUAUUAAUAACAUUGUCCUUAAGAUAAUCCAAAUAGACAACAAGGCUUGGAUACAAAGCAGAGUGGGGGUUCGGAGGGUUCCGUGUUGGAGAAAGAUUCUUACUCCAUCCAACCGGUGUUCUUUGUUUUUGUGUUGUAUCAUGUUGCCGUAGCAUUUUUGUUUCAUUGAAAACGUACAAGGGCUGCACGGCGGUCGAGUGGUUAGCGCGCAGACCUCACAGCUAGGAGACCCGGGGUUCCCGUGCAUGCGUUGGUGAUCGCUAAACUCAUCACACAGCGACUUAACACUCCCAAGUUAUAACUAAUCAAUAUACAAAACAUAUACCGAUACAUCGGCUGCACGGCGGACGAGUGGUUAGCGCGCAGACCUCACAGCUAGGAGACCUGGGGUUCCCGUGCAUGCGUUGGUGAUCGCUAAACUCAUCACACAGCGACUUAACACUCCCAAGUUAUAACUAAUAAAUAUACAAAACAUAUACCGAUAUAUUGGCUGCACGGCGGUCGAGUGGUUAGCGCGCAGACCUCACAGCUAGGAGACCCGGGGUUCCCGCGCAUGCGUUGGUGAUCGCUAAACUCAUCACACAGCGACUUAACACUCCCAAGUUAUAACUAAUAAAUAUACAAAACAUAUACCGAUAUAUAUCGGCUGCACGGCGGACGAGUGGUUAGCGCGCAGACCUCACAGAUAGGAGACGAGGGUUCAAUUCCACACUCGGGCCAUCUCUGUGUGGAGUUUGCAGGUUCUCCCCGUGCAUGCGUGGGUUUUUUUUUUCCGGGUACUCCGGUUUCCUCCCACAUUCCAAAAACAUGCUAGGUUAAUUGGCCACUCCAAAUUGUCCAUAGGUAUGAAUGUGAGUGUGAAUGGUUGUUUGUCUAUAUGUGCCCUGUGAUUGGCUGGCUACCAGUCCCCGCCUCUCAACCUUCUAGACUCCAGCACCCCCCGCGACCCUCGUGAGGAUAAGCGGUAGAAAAUGAAUGAAUGAAGUGACUAUAGGGGUGUUAUUUCAUAUCUAGAGGGCUCUAAUGAUGUUGAAAACCAUAUAUAGGAGGUCGUAAACAGAUUAAAGGUAUAAAUAAGGAAUCCUACUCGGAUAAACAAGGGCCGUAGUUCCUUCAUGUCUUUCUCCUCAUCGCUUCCCCCACAUGGUGGCAAUGUUUACUUACCCUCUGCCUUUUCCUUAGCAACCAAAAGGCCUGUACUGGUUUGAUUGGUUGAUAGGAAAGCACAAAGAUAAGAUUACAGCACAUAAUAUUGAUCACAAUACUUGACCAAUUGACCCCCGUUAAAAAAGUGGCACAUUCACAUGAAUUUUAUGCAGCAGUCAAUAUUCUGUGCAGUGGUACAGAAACAUGAAAUCUGAUAAAUAUGAAAUGUUUUAUGGUUAGUUGUUGCACAAUUACAUGUGUAUGCAAUGUGAUCACAUUGUCUGUGUGUUUUAUAAAGUUAUAAAGGGGUUAAUCCAAAAAACUGGAUAGUCACUACAACACAAAAUGAUUUUACAACAGAUUUUCUUUUUUCAUACAUGUUUUUGAUCGCCCUUGCUGUUGUACUAUUUUUAAUUUUUUUGAUGUUAUCUUAAAGUGUUGAAUAUGUUUGGGUCUUAAUUGUAGAAAAAUGUCUGGUAUGCAUGUUUAAAUCAAUGCCUGCGUUGACUCUUCUUCUGAUUGUUAGUGAUGAUGAACAUGUCAUGCAGCAGGGAGUGUCAACUCUAAUUCAAAUUGUUUUCGGUUAGCGAAAAUUUACUUCAUAAUAUAUGACAGUUGUGGUCCAAAUUUUGGUUAUGAUUUGUUAUUAAAUCUGUGAUAUAUGUGAUCAGCAAAUGACUGUC